AUGGUGUACCGUCAUGUGAAUUUCUUGUGGGUUUUGGUUCUCGUAUUCUCUCUUCUAUUCUUAGUCUCGACUACAGUAAGCUUUCCAAUAGAGGAAACAUCGCUAGGGACCAUCAACGGAACAUCCGUCAUUGCAAUAACACAUGGCAACUCUGAGCGUCUCAAAGAAUUGAUCCCAUUAAAAAACAGCGAGAAUGAUGAUUUCAAUAUGUUUGGUGGAAUGGCUCUCGGAGUUCGAAAACUUGGAAUGGAUCAAGAUGAUUGA